AUGGCAGAUCUUAUUGUCAAGAUUGGCCAGAAAGUUGAGACCCAGGACGGCAAGCAGGGCACGAUCCGCUACAUCGGGCCGUUGCAUGUUGCCUCGGGCGAGUGGCUGGGCCUCGAGUUGCCCGACGACAGCGGCAAGAACGAUGGAUCAGUCAAAGGCGAGCGCUAUUUCAACUGCGCUCCCAGUCAUGGCAUCUUCGUCCGUAGGGAGUCCGCCGUCAAGAUCCUGAGUCAACCUGCCCCGACUGCAAAGCCCAACGGAGUCUCGGGUUCCAAUGGUGGCUCUACCGCGAAACCGAGACCGGCAAGUAUAAUCAGUGCCGAUGUCGCGAGGAAACGGCAGAGUCUCAUGAGCGGUGGUACCGGCACAGCAACUGGUUCCCGAUUGUCUAUGAGGUCUCCUACCAAAUCUCCCACCAAGCCUCCUCCGCCCUCUACCAGUUCAAGUAUGUCGACACCUCGUACUGGCACGCCAGCCACCACUGCACGAACCUCCGACUCGAGUACAAAAUCGAGACUUAGCAUGGCUGGUCGGCCCAGUAUUGGACCCCCGAGCGCCGGAAAUAGAACAAGUGCCCAUACAAGCCGGCCCUCAAUAGGAGGUGGUGCAGUAAAACCUGUCACGUCCAAGUCCACGUCAAUGCAGCCACGACAGUCCAUGGCCGGCUCUAGGAUUUCGAUGACAGCCAAACCUCUGCCGCGAACUGAAAAGACUGACGGAGUGGCCAACAGUCUCGAAGCACAGCUGGCGCCUCCGGUUUCAGAGGAAGAUGAGCCAACGACGCCUGUCCAGCCAGAUGCAAACGAGGAUGGAGUGCUCGAAGCAUCAAGGCAUGUAACAAGUCCUAAAGUGGCUGCUCCUCCACCUCCUGCACGCUCACAACCCGCAGGCCCCCAACGAAACGGGUUCAGUGCCCCUGCGGAGGACAGAUCGCGGCAGGCACAGGUGCUUAAAACACUUGAGACGAAGGUGCGAACGUUGCAGAAGCAAAGGCAGGAAGACCAGGCGCAAUUGCAGAAUGUCCAAGAUCUAGAGGACAAGGCGGCGCGAUACGAAGGGAUCAUUCAAACACUGCAGAAAAAGCUCAAGUCGAAUCAGCAAGAUAUCCAAGAUCUCAAGGCCAAGUACGAGGAUGCAGAGAAUCGUGCUUCAAAAAUGCCCGACCACAGCGCCGAGCACGAGUCAGAGCUCGAACUUGCGACCCUGGACAAAGAAAUGGCCGAGGAGCGUGCUGACAUGUUUGAAAGUGAGCUGGAGGCUUUGAAGCUCAAGCAUGAAGAGCUGGAAUUGGAGGCAGAGAUUCUGCGAGAAGAGAACCGCGAGCUAGCAUCGGUCAUGAGUCCCGAGGAAAAAGCAAGCGCUGGCUGGCUGCAGAUGGAGCGAGAGACCGAGAGAUUGAGGCAAGCCUUGAUCUUGCUGAGGGACGUUAGCCAGCAAAAUGAGGGAGACUUGAAGAACGAGAUCAAGGAGCUUCAGGAAUCCAUUGACGAACUUGAACAGACAGCCUCAAAAUACGAGGAGACGGCAGCCAAACUCAACAGGUCCGAGGAGACGAACCAGCAUCUCAGAGAACAGUUGGAGGCCGCAGAGGCGAAUGAUGAGAUCCUCGAAACUAUGAGUGCCGAACGGGACCAAAGCCGGAAUAUGAUCGAAACAUUGAGGCGGCAGGUUCAGGACUUGGAGGAGCAUAUUCAAGUGGCUGACGAGCUUGAGUCAUUCCAUGUCGAGGAAGAAAAGCGCCUUCACUAUCAGCUGGACGAAAGCGAAGCGUUGCUGCAUGACAAGCACCGGCAAAUUGCUCAGCAAGAGAAAACAAUUGAAGACCUGGAAUACACACUGACAAAAUUCCGGGAUGUGGUACAGGGCCUGCAGACCGACAUUGACGAGCUCCGGCGGUCCAGAGAAAUCAGCGAACUGGAAGCAAAUGAAAUGAGCAGCAAGUCCAGAGCGAUGAUGGAUCUUAACCUCAAGCUACAGAACUCUGCCGCGAAGACUCAGUUAAAGGCCAUCGAUCUCGAGCUUGGGAAGAUGCGGGCUGAACAGGCCAGCUUGCACCUAGAAAUUUUGCAGCCUUUCAUUCCAGAGACGUUCGAACUCGACAAGAAACCCAUUCUAGCGCUCCUAUGUUUCAAGCGGAUCAAGUCCAAGGCACAGCUGUGUAGGACUGUCCUGGCGGAACGCAUGCGUGACCGGGCUGAUCUCCACGAAAAUCCCAUGGCGUUGUUCGCAGUCAUGGAGCAGACGAACUUCAUUGCAACCCUGUGCGACCGAUUUGUGAAUUUCAUGUCGACGUGCUCUACAGACGACUUUAUGAAGUAUGCUGGCGCGCCAUUCGAGCUGGAACCAGUGGAACAGGCGUUGACGAGCUGGGUGGAAGCGCUGCGCCGGGAUGAGCUGGCUCACGAGGGUCCGGAGUAUCUGCAUCGCAUGGCCGAUAUUCUUGUCGACAUGUCCGAGAAACUGCUCUCCGAUUCCCACGAGAACAAAGCCAUGGAGUUGGUUGCAUCGAUCUCGAUGGUUGAGAGCUACAGCGACAACAUUGCAAGCCAGACGCAGAUUCUCAGCAAAGCCGUGCAAGCCAGGUUGAAGCCACCGAAAGAUGACGACGAAGACUCCAUGCUCUUCGAGAAGAAAAUGGAUCAGCUUGGUAUCAAGGCUCGUACUAUCAAAUACGUGGCGGGCAAGGUGCUGCACGCACUCAGUGAUCUCAGAGCGUGCUCCAUGUGUCUAGGAGAGUCAAGCUGGGGCAGUUUUACUGAAGCUGAGUCAUGUGCUGAAGCGCUGACCCAGUCGGUCCGCCAGGUGGGAGAGGCCGUGUUCAACGAGCUCAACAAGAUUGAAGUCGAUGAGCCGCCUUCGUAUUCCAGCAUCAUCCGACUAAUGACAAGCGCCGUCUCGAUUGAGUCCAAGAGAGACGAAAUGCAAGCGAGCCACGCUGGCGACGUGUUCGAGAUCCUAUCAAAGCGGCUGCAGGCUCUUCAGAUCAAGACCGACGAGUUGAACACCAAAUCUGCUGACCUCUCCGGCGCGACCGAGUUUGAGAGGCGAGCCGCGCCAUGGAUUGUUCGCGCUAAAGAGGUCAAAGCGCAAAAGGCAAUGUCACAAGACCUCCAGGAAGAAAUGGCACGGCUAAAGCUCAGAAUCCAAGAACAGACUAUCAGGAUCAGCGAGAAGGACAAAGAACUCGAGGAACAGCAGGUCAAGGUGGAAUUGCUGGAAUCGAGAACAAAGGAGACGAAAUUUAAGGAGGACGGCGUGAAAGAGAUGAAGGAUGAGAUCACCAAGCUUCGAGCUGAAAACGCCAUGGCCAGUGAGAAUUUACAGCGCCUCGAAGCCGAGUACCAAGGGCUGCUUGAGUCUCGGGACAGCCAAAGAUUGGAACUCGAAGCCGUCAAACAAAAGGGGGUAUCAGAAGGACAAGGUUUGCCGCUUGGACCUGGCGACGAAUCAGCUUCUCUCAGACUCAAGGCUGAAGCGGAUCAACUCAGAGUCGAGAUCCUCAGUUUACAAGCAGCUGUGCGCUUUCUCAAGACGGAAAAUCGAGAACUCAAGGUACCGGUGGGCGAUAUUGCUCAGAGCGCUGUGAAGCAUUCCUGGCUGGAUCCCAGCCAUCUCAAAGUCGCCCCGCCGGACGACAAGACCCAACAGCUGCGUACCGAGACCAAAGAUGUCUUUGCGCAUCUCAUGCAUAUGGCCAAGACUGCCAGACCUAUCAGGUUGGCCGCGGGAUCGGUUUCCUGUCAAGAUCAGAAGGCUCAUGGGUCUGCAUGGCGAGCGCAGACCGACACUACGAUGUACAGGGUCCUCCAGCAUGCCGAAGAGCUCGAGCGAUGGGACGAGAUGAAGGACGAUCUGGUCAAGAGAGCAAGAAUUGUGGCUCGCCCAAUACCAGUUUCGAGGCGAGCAGCACCAAUGCGCCAGCUUUGGACGGUACCAGGUGUAAAAGUAGCCGAAAUUGAGGCUGAGGAAUUGGAACUCGGGCCUGCUGUCGACGGAGUACGGAUCGUCUGA